AUGCUCUCUCGCGCCUACCUCGACGCUGUCAAGGACGCCGUCCACGCGGACCUCCUCGCCUCUCGUAUGCCGCUAGCUCCUCGACGACGACGUCAACCUCCACGACCUGCGUCUCACCCUAAACCCCGCGAGUCCGAUAUCUACGACGCGCUGAAGGCCACCCAGGACUCGGUGCUCCCGCCGGUGCCGCGCCCGAGCGUGAAAGCGACCUCGGCGACCUUUUCCCGCCCGGCAUCCCCGCGCUCCUCCAACACCCCCUUCCUCGGCUUCCCGCUCGUGCGCUCCUCCGGCACCCGCACGCUCCCGCCAGCCCGCCUCCCCGUCGCUCCAUCGCCAGUCCCCAGCUGGGGCCGCCUCCCGCUCCUAUCUCGCGCCGGCGCCGGCGGGCGUGCCGGCGGGCUCGGCUUUGAGGGCCUCCUCGAGCACGAAGAACCAUUCCCUUCGGGCUCGGGCUCCUCCCGCGCGACGUCUCGCCCUCCGAGGCCCCGCUCGCCCGCUGUGCGCGCCCCGCUGCCGGACUCGUGCAAACCGCGGCACACCCGGACGGCCCUGCGCCCGCUGGACUCGUCAUCCCGCGCUCUCCCCACCAUCGUACAGCUUGGCGGCGGCGUCACCCGUCAUCGGGCACCGCGUAAACAUGGCGCCGCGAGCAACAGCAACAACAAUACCAGUAGCUAUGCCCCCUGGUGA